CCACGACUGUGUUCUUUCUGACCAAUCACAACCUCUUUAGUUUGUGACGAGUGCGCAUGCGCCUUUAAAGCCGUGCGCUCGCAGGGAAGUCAGCGGUCCAACUAAUAUCGCUGACACAAAAUGGAGCCCCAGCAGGACGUGCAACCACCAAGGCAACAGCCUAUGUUUUAUAUCUGUGGAGAGUGCCACACUGAAAACGAAAUCAAGGCCCGUGAUCCAAUCCGGUGCAGAGACUGUGGGUACAGGAUCAUGUACAAAAAGAGGACAAAUCGAUUGGUUGUGUUUGAUGCCCGGUGAAGUGGAUCUUUUCUUGUGUCUGAACAUGUGAAUAAAAAUGGCAAAUCAAUAAGUGACCCACAUUGAA